AUGCUUCGCGGCGACGACGCACCGUUUUUCGCAGGCCACGCUAUGAACUUGCCAAAUUCUUCCAAGCGUGCGGUAGACCCAGCUUGCGUCCUAUCAGUUUGUACUCGAUUCCGUGAGCUUCACCUUGAGUUUCCGAACGAAGGCGCUCGAGAUGGUUUCACGUAUUUACUUCAACAAGCUACGCUGCCACUGCAGCAUCAAACCCCACCAUCACCACCACAGGCAGCGCAACAGCUGUCUGACAGUAUAGGAGAUACUUUUGUUGCCAUGACGCCACCUGAUGUAGAGUCGAAGCUUCGGCAUGGGGAUACAAGUUGGCCAGAACUUGAAGAUAACAAUCUGGAGACUGUGGCGAAGAACGCGAAGGUGGCGAUGCUGAACAACAACCAGGACGAAUGA